AUGACAGUCAUCAUAGCGUCUCUAUUUUUGCCCUACACUGUCAAUUUCCAUGUCAACAACUCGCGCAACCGCUCCCCUCCUCUAACUCCUCCAUCCACGGACCAGGACCCCACUAUCGAUGGGAUCACACCUAUUCGCAUUGCUGCGGCUAGCUUGUUUGAGAAGAGCCUUCCAACGAGAACGCCUGGUCUCACACCAGGGGCUACAACGGAUCAUGAGCGCAUCUUUACUUCAAAUGUAGCCAAGGAACAGCUAGAGAAAAAUGAGUACCCGUUCCCUUCGACCGCCGUGGAGCAGGAUAACCGGCUCCUCACGGAGAGUGAGGGGCAUUCCCCGUUAUGGGGUGCCACAACCUCGUUCAUUCAACCAAAGCCAGUGACGGUCUUGUCGCCAUCUCCCUCCAUUCUCAAACACCAAGAUCUUCGCGCCGCCAAGGAACCUGUGCCGCAGCAGCCUCCAGCGGCACAGCCCAUUGCGCCCUAUGCGAGACUAAGAAAGGCCAGCACAGCGAGCCGGAAAUUAUCAUUUUCGAAAGCUGAAUGGACCAUUGAGACCGCAGAACAAGGGAAUGGUGGCCUGCGAAAUGCAGUCCGAUCCGCAACAGACUCUGGGUUCUUGGAUAACAUGAUGUGGGUGGGCACCUUGGGUAUGCCCACUGACGCCUUGGCAAAGUACACUCGGCAAGACAUCGCGGAGAAAUUGGAAGAUGAGUAUGAGUGUCUGACGGUAUUUGUAAAUGACGGCGACUUCGACGGACACUACACGCAUUUUUGCAAGACCAUUCUUUGGCCGGUGUUUCAUUACCAGAUCCCAGAUAACCCGAAGAGUAAAGCCUACGAAGACCAUUCGUGGAUUUACUAUGUCAAGUUGAACCAGGCUUUUGCAGAGCGCAUUGCUAGGUCUUGGAAACGAGGUGAUGAGAUCUGGGUCCAGGAUUAUCAUCUGUUGCUGGUUCCAGCUAUGCUUCGCAAGUUGGUGCCAGAUGCACAAAUUGGGUUUUUCCUACAUAUUGCUUUCCCUUCGUCAGAGGUCUUCAAAUGCUUGGCACCACGCAAGGAGCUCCUUCAGGGCAUUCUUGGUGCUAAUCUUAUUGGUUUCCAGACCGAUGAAUACUGCCGGCACUUCCUGCAGACAUGCAGUCGGAUCUUGUGCGUGGAAGCCACACCCGAAGGAAUCCAGCUGGAAGACCGUUUUGUCAACGUCGGCACGUUCCCUAUUGGCAUUGACCCAACUUCUUGGGAUAAGCGCCGCCAGGCAACGGACGUGGAGCGAUGGAUUAGUACAAUCUCGGAACGUUAUCAAGGAAAGCGUCUCAUCGUCGCGCGCGAUAAGAUCGAUUCCGUUCGGGGUAUUCGCCAAAAGCUUCUUAGCUAUGAGCUCUUUCUCAACACCUACCCAGAAUGGGCUGAAAAAGUUGUGUUGAUCCAGGUCGCAACCAGCACCACGGAACAACCAGAGCUGGAAGCGACUCUCUCUGACAUCGCCAUGCGAAUCAACUCCACCCACUCGACUCUCGCUCAUCAGCCUUUGGUAUUCCUCAAACAAGACUUGGCGUUCCCGCAAUAUCUUGCCCUUAUCACUGUGGCAGAUGCCUUAAUGAUCACCAGUCUACGCGAGGGAAUGAAUCUGACCAGUCAUGAGUUUGUCUACUGCCAGGAUGGUCGAAGCGGUGACAAAGCCUACGGGUCACUAAUUCUUAGCGAGUUUACUGGCAGUGCAUCCGUGUUCGGAGAUCAUGCGCUUUUGGUCAACCCUUGGGAUUACCGCCAGUGUUGCGAAGCAAUCCACACAGCAUUGACUCGCGACGAGGGGGAACGGAAGCAAGUUUGGGAGGAACUGCUCCGUGCAGUCCUGAAUAACUCGACUGCCAACUGGGUGAAAUCGUUCAAUGAAACCCUCACCCGUGUCUGGAACGAGCAAUCUUCAAGAGAAAUUAUGGCAGUGCCCCGACUGUCGGUAUCUCGACUCACCGAGCGGUAUCGCCAGUCCAAGCAACGGCUGAUGAUUGUCGACUACGAAGACACGCUAGCCUCUUGGGGAUCGCCGCGCAGCAUCAUUCUAACCACGCCGCAGCGCGCAAUCAUCACUCUGAACGAAUUGACCGAGGACCCCGCCAACGUUGUCUACGUGAUGAGCUCGCGCAUGCCAGAGGAAAUGGAACGGUUGUUCCGGCAGGUCAACAACCUGGGUCUGAUUGCCGAGAACGGAUGCUUCGUGCGCGAGCCGAACUCCGAGACCUGGACCCAUCUUGCAGACCAGCUGCAUGUCAAAACGUGGAAGUCAUCUGUGUCUAAUAUCCUAGCGUACUUCCAUGCGCGUGUCGAGGGUAGCUGGAUCGAGGAGCGCCAUUGCUCGCUCGUCUUCCACCACGGAUCCGCCGAAGACCGCCAUAUUGCCGCUCGAUCUGCUGCUGAAUGUGCAGGCAAUAUCAACGAUGCGUGUGCCGACUUGGGUGUGCAUGCGAUUCCCAUUGAGGGUGCUUUGAUCGUGGAGACCACUCACACCAACAAGGCAUCUGCGGCUGAAAUGGUCUGGGAGUGGUCCAUGGAAAAUGCCGAGAAGAAUGAGGAUGUCCUCAAGCCUGAUUUCCUGCUGGUUAUCGGCGAUAGCCGUGAGGAUGAGCCGGUCUUCAGGUGGGCCAACAAGCUGCACAGCGCGAAGGCUGUCGAUUAUGCCAUGACUGUCACAUUGGGCUCGCGCAGCACCGAGGCCAAGGCCACACUGACACAGGGAGUAACUGGCGUUCUUUCUUGUCUGCAACAAUUAGCACACCAGGGCCAACCUAAAUUGCCCUUGCGAGAGUGA